AAAAGUUGGGAAUUGAGAGGUGAAAAAAAAGGGUGAAGGGGGCGGGUAAGAAGGAGAAGGAUACCGUGUUCCAUGCGCGUCUCGUAGCUCUCUCUCUCUCUAUCUCUAUCUCUAUCUCUCUGCUCUGCUGUGUAAAACUUUGGAAGCUUUCUCUCUCUCUAAAAACUCUUUUAACUCCUUCCUCUAUUUAUCCGUACCACCCCCCACUUCUUCUUCUUCUUCUUCAUACUUCAAUACUACUCUCUCUUCUCAACCUCCUAUUUGCUUCAACACCCUAAACCAACCAUUUCUUCCAUUUUCUCCUUCAUUUCUGGUCAAUCUGGAAGACCCAAUCCCCAAAAGGUUUUUUUAUCUUCCAGAAUUCAACUUUUGUGAAGCUUCUAAGGAGAAGCUGCUUCGUUUACAACUCUGGCCGACAUCGUAGUCAUAUCCUCUCCAUCUUCCUCUACACUUGGCCCUUUUCAGGGAUUUUCUGGUUCAUGGGCGUCCUUCCAUUGCACUUUGUUGUUGGUUCGUCGUCUUCCAAUCGACUACGGCUAAUCUCAAUCCCCUCCACGAUCUCUUAAAAAAAAAUUCCAAAAUUGUUUCGAUCAAUCAGAAUCAUUAGCGAUGUGAGCAUUCCUUCCAAUUUAAGAAGGAGAAGCGUUGAAACGGCCAGGUCAAGGAUAGUACCAACGUAGAGCUCUUCAUUCCGAUCUUUUGAGGAAUUUCUUUAUAUUAUAUUUCUAAAAUUGUAUCUAUGGCGAAAUUCAAUUGCUUCUCUGGCCGGACAGGGAAGAAGAAGAAAACCAAGACUGAUUUGGAAUCGCAAAAACCCGCUGAAUUGAAUUACUUGAAGAAAACUUUGCAAGUCAGCAUCCAUCAUUCUGAGGAGCCUUUUCAAGUUGGAGAAGGGAAAUCGUCUACUCUAGACGUUGCAAUUCUGUACCCAUCUGAGAAUAAUUCGAAGCUGGAUGUUAAGGUGACGAACCAUGAGAGUCCUGCAGUAGGAGCAGUAGAAACUGAAUAUGAAGGAGAGGAUGAGCGCGACGACAACUCUAUCAAGAGGAAUCUUUCCGACUUUGAUCUCCCUGCGCAAGACAACUGUGGAGGAGAAUUUGAGUUUCAAUUAUUGGGAAACCAUUUUGAUAAGAUCACUACUGAAGGUGAAGGUGGUGAAGGAAUAGGAGUAGAAGGAGAAGGGGUUGAUGCGUCGAUCCAAAAUGGGCAUCUUAGUGAUCCUGGUAUUGGUAAGGCAGUAUGUUGGGCAUCGCCUAAACUUAAACGCUCCUGCUCUAAUCUUGAAACUAGGGAUGUGCUUAGAGAUUUAUCUCAUCAGUUGCCUCCUCCAAAGUCUCAGUCUUUCGAAAAGCUGCAAGAGUUGGCGAACGAAAUGAGGGACUAUGUUGAUCCAGGCAGUCCAGGGUCUAUUAUGACCCAUCGUAGUGCUGAUAAAGUCAUGUUGAAGAAGCGUUCUUCAAGCCAGAUUCUUCCUUCAAGAAGUAGAAGGUUGUGGUGGAAAUUGUUCCUGUGGAGCCAUAGAAACCUGCAAAAGCCGUGGACUAUCAAGGCUACUCCCACCAACUCUGCUUUCAACCAGCAAGGUGGGUAUUGCUCUGACAAUCUUGAGCCGAACAGAGCAGCGGGGAAAAGUAUGCUUGAAUCACCAGGAUCAUUUACUGAGGAAUCCUGGACCAACGGCCCGUGUAACAACAAAAGCGAUGAUCAGGAUCAGGUUCAGGAGAAUUUGUGUAAUGGAGUCUCUGGUUUGUGGCCACAAAAUCAAUGGGUUGCGUUUUCAGCAGAAUCAUCUUCUCUUAGAAGAGUGGAUGAGUGGGUGAAGGAUCUUCAAAUCGAACCAUGUCUUUCAAUCGACGAGGUUGGAGGUGACAAUGAUGAAGCUACCGUCUUCCCACCCUCUCCUGAGAGAACUUCAACUCACACGCCCCGACGUGGCGAACCCAAUCUGACGGAAGAGAUUUUGUAUGCCAAUAGUGUCAUCCAGUCGUUGAAUUCUUCGUCAACCGUGGCUCACAUCUCUGGUAUUGGCUUAAGAGCCAUACCCACAAUCUCACACCUAUCCGGUCUUAGAUCUGUCAAUUUGUCCGGCAACCUCAUACUACACAUUAACCCUGGAUCACUGCCCAAGGGACUGCACACUCUCAAUUUGUCCAGGAACAAGAUCAGUGUCAUUGAAGGGCUCAAAGAAUUAACACGACUUCGGAUACUGGAUCUGAGUUACAAUCGCAUAUCUCGUAUAGGACAUGGGUUGUCAAACUGUACGAUUAUCAAGGAACUUUAUCUUGCUGGCAACAAGAUUAGUGAUGUUGAGGGACUGCAUCGAAUCUUGAAGCUGACAGUUCUCGACCUAAGCUUUAACAAGAUUUCAACCACCAAAGCUCUGGGCCAACUUGUUGCCAACUAUAACACUCUUCAAGCUCUCAAUCUGUUGGGGAAUCCAAUUCAAAGUAAUGUGAGCGAUGACCAGCUACGCAAGGCAGUUACUGGCCUUCUUCCAAACCUUGUUUAUCUAAACAAGCAAGCCAUCAAAGCACAGAGAGCUCGAGAAGUUGCAACUGAUAGCAUUGCCAAAGCUGCACUAGGGAACAGUAAUUGGAGUUCGCGUAGAAGAACAUCAAGGAAAACAAGUCAUAUACCAUCGUCUUCCAUUAGUGGACACAGAAGCACUGCAAGCGUUGCACACAAAGGCAGGCACAGAUCAAAAGCUCCAACCGUUCGUCAUUCUUCUCUGAGGAUGUCUUCAUCAGCUCUUGCCUCAUCAACUCGUUAGACUUGGACCUUCCGCCGCCAUACGAAAAAAAUAUUCAUUAGGAAGUGAUUUCUGUUCUGCUUUCCCCACUUUUUCUAUUGUGUCACAUUGGAUAUCCUGUUUUUCCCGUCCAUAGAACUACGUUUGUCAAUGUGGUUAAAAUGUUCUCUUUAACCUGAGUGAAUUGGUAUUCCUUUUCUCAAUGGCAAGUCGAUUUCUUUUGCA